AUGGCGGCUACUGGAAGAUCAAGCCGAUCAGUUCUACGUCCUCUCUCUUCUUCACAGAGAUUACACAACAAUCAUCAUCAUCAUCAUCGUCAACGAUCUCCGUCUCCUUGCAACAAGAAUCUCAAUCUCCGAUUGAAGUUUUAUUCUCCCGGAAGCAUCCCGAAACCAUCCGUCGUAACCGUUUCUUCUAAUCAUCAGACCAAGAGAAAGUGUUUGUGCUCUCCUACGACGCACCCUGGUUCUUUCCGGUGCUCUUUUCACCGCCGAUUAGAACAUGAGAAAUCCAAAACCCUAGCUUCUUCGACGGUCAAGCGUAACAAUCGUGGUGAUAAUACGAUUAGGGUUAAUGUUGGAUUGAAUCUGAGGAAAUUGGCGUUGAUGAAUUCGUUAGCGAAGAUCGGUAGUGUUGAGGCGGAGAGGUUUAGGAGAUCUUUAGCAGCGAAUUUGGCUAAACCGUCGUCUCUUCAUAGCCAUCGCCGUCCUGAGUUCCGGCCACGACUUAGCCGCUUCCAUGAAGAUCAAGAUUAACGAGCUAGGGUUUCGAAUUUCCUUUUUCUUUAUGUUUUCUUGCGUACGAAGGAACUUUUUUAGGGUUUUCCUUGUCGCAGUAUAUUGAUGAACUUUUGUCAUUUGUGUAGAUACUAUAAAUCACAUUUUCUUAGGACUUGAUUUAAUCAGUCUGCUCGAAUUCUUCCUU